UUUUGAUAGGUUCACAUGGUUGUUUGCAUGUAUCAGUGUAUAGCUAGCCAGUUAACUUGCGUUAAAGUACUUUCUUGCUGUAUUGAUUCUUCUGUUUACAUUACUGUAGUUUAUGCACUGCCAAACUCUACGCAGUUUUAUGAGAAUAUCGCCAUUUACACUCUCUGAAAAAAACAAUGUUGUUCUAAAGUCCGCGGUGUUUUACAAACACCUAAGAACGGCUGUAUUUCUUGACAGCAAAGUAUCUCACGAGAAGCUUUCCUCUCAAAACAAGAUGCCCAAAAAACAAAAAUCGACUAAAAGUACUCAGAAACAGCCAGCAACGCCGACAGGACCAGUUUCUAAAAUCAAAGACGGUGAAUAUGCUGUUGCAAUACACGCAAAGCCCGGCGCAAAACAAAAUGCCGUCACAGAUGUGACCUCAGAGGCAGUUGGUGUCGCUAUUGCUGCGCCACCGACAGACGGGGAGGCCAAUGCGGAACUUGUGCGAUAUUUAUCCAAAGUGCUCUCGUUGAAGAAGAGUGAAGUAAUCCUAGAUAAGGGUAGUAAAUCCAGAGAAAAAGUAAUUAAAGUUAAAGCCUCUAUUAGUCAAGAGGAGGUCCUGGAGAGACUGAAGAAUGAGGCUUCUCAAGGUCCCUGAAAACGAAAUGACUUUUUUUUGUUGUCCUUUAAGGGAUGGACACCUGUAUCCCAAACAACCACCCCUAAACAUAACAUGCCAGGCCUGUUUUGUGCUAUCUUUUGUUUAUUGCUUUUCUAUGUGACUUCAGCAAGACUGUUUAAUGUUACGUGAGCAGUGCAUAGACUGCUUUUAAUUUUUUCCUUGUCUUAUUUCUUUCACACUUUCUUCUGUCAGAAGAGAUCUUAAUGACUCUUUGUUCCUUUGAAAACACCAAGAGCCAAUUCCAUAAGGUCUGUAGAAGUAUCUUGGUGUCCCUGUCAGUGAGUUAUGUUUUAAUUAAGGAAAGACCUAAUGAACAUUGCUAUUAGACAGUUUCCAUUAAGAAAUGUGCUUACCACCGGAUAGGCUGAUUUAAAAAAAAAUUGAGGGGAGGGUAUUCAUUUCAGAGUCACCUCCUUUUCUACAAAAUAGUUUUGUACUGUAAAAAUUGAUGUAUAAUGAAAGCUGUUCUAAUGUAGCAACAGAAUACAGUGACUACUGCAUA